GUUGAGGACUGCUCAUGGAUGCGGUGAGCGGUUGCGAGUUGGGAGGCUGGCAUGAGUUUGUUUGUCAUGGUCUUCGUGUGUGUGUCAUCUCGCAGCUGAAGUCUGAGGCGGCGGGCAUCGAGCACAGCCUGGACCAGUUGCUGCAACUGCAGUCAAAGGUGAGCAUGAAGAUACACGUGGUUGAGAAGCCCAUGUGCUCACACAGCUUGACUUCUGUGUGGUGUGGUUGUUGCAGGUUGGUGGCUGUCUGUCGCAGAUCAAGCAGCUGGAGCUGUCCAAUGACGGCCCUGCACAGGUCAGUCAGUCAGGGCUGUGUGGCCCGAUUGGUCGACUGACUUGUGGUCUUUUUUGUCUCUUCUCAACACUGCAGGCGUCUUGUCAUGAGUCGUUGCGCCUUCAGCUGUCGCUGCUGGCCGGCCACUGCACGGCCUCUGUCAACCAGCUGUCGUGCUUGGCACCCGCCCUCUCCAGUGCCGUAGAUGCGCUCACACCAGUAGGGGACGCACCGCCUACCAUCAGCCCGGCAGCCGCAGCAACCGAUGGGCAGACAGAGGUGCGCACGAAGAAUGGCCACAACGGACUGUGCAUAAGGGGGUUCGCCUUUUACCUUGCUGUGGUGUGAUGUCA